AUGGCUCUAUGCGUAGAAAUGAAUUUUACUGGUGCGAAUUUAUAUUAUGCUAAAAAAAUUCAAUCUGAAAACAAAACUUGGGCGUGGUGGUUAAAUAAUCUUGGAACGUUAGUUGUCUUCGUAAUUGGUUUUUUUGGUAAUAUAUUAUGUUUAGUAGUUUUAUGUCGUCGACGUUUGAGACGAAAUUCUUACACUCAAUAUUUGAUUGCUUUAGCUAUUGUAGAUACUGGAGCUAUUUUUUCUGAAGUUCUUUCUGCACUUGAUGAAUUAUAUCAAUUUGAGUAUAAAUUAACACUUGUUGCACAUAACAAUUUAUCAUGUAAAUUAUAUAAUUAUAUAAGAUAUAUAUUUUACUCUAUGAGUUCUUGGAUUACCGUUGCUUUAGCUGUUGAACGACUAAUAGCCAUAAAAUUUCCCUUAUGGUCAAAACAUAUAUGCAGUGUUGUUAAUGCUCGUCGUAUCAUAUUUAUAAUACUUUUAUUUACAAUGCUUAUUCAAUCUUAUCAUUUAAUAAUAAAGGGUCUCGAUUGUAAUCCAUCGCCAUCAUCAACCAAAGUUUGUCGCUGUAAAACAAUACGUCAUCAUACAUAUCUAAAAUUGGAUCUAAUUUUAACAGUCUAUGUUUGGCGACUUGCUUUAAUGACAUUAUUACCAUUAGCAAUAAUCAUAAUCGUCAAUAUACUUAUUAUGAAUAAAUUAUUUCAUAAAAGUUCAUUAGUUGAUCAUACAAAUGCAACCUGUAAUGCUCAACAUAAAAUGAAAUUAGUCUAUAAAAUAUCUCGCAUGUUAGUUGUAGUUACAUCAAUAUAUCUUCUAUUACAUGUACCUGGUUCAAGUUUAGAUAUAAUUAAAUUUAUGUAUAUAUCUGUUUUACGCAUAUGUAAUUAUAAAUGGCAAUAUUAUCUUCUUAUAAGUCAUGAAAUAUUUGAUUUAUUAACAAAUUUUAAUUAUGGUAUUAAUUUCUAUUUGUAUAUCAUUAGUGGUAAACAUAUACGCAAUGAACUAAUACGUACUUUUAAACAUUCAUCAUCACGUUCAAAAUCUAGUACACAAAAUUGUAAAUAUCGUCAUUCAAGUUAUGAUAUAUCAUCAUAUAUGCUUUCAUCAAGAAGGAAUCAAACACGAGAUUCAAAUAUACCAUUAUCUGAACGCCGAACUGGUUCACAUCAACAACGGCUUCCUUCUUGUGAAGAAAAUAAAUAA